AUUUGAAAUGUCUUGUUCAGGUAUUUGAGUGAGUCUGCCCACGAUGGCCGAGACUGCGCCUGCUCCCAAGAAGAAAACCCCAACAGUGCUUGUAACUUCCCACUUCCCCAAGUUGGUGCAAGUGGGUCGCGUUUGCCUGCUUCAGAAGGGUUCACAGAGUGGGAAAAUUGUUUCCAUUGUGGAAAUAGUCGAUGGAAAAAGGUUCUUGGUCGAUGGACCUGAAUCCGGAGUUCACCGCCGUGCCGUUCGGGCGAACGAGAUCCACUUGACCAAGUUUGUCCUCCGAUAUCCGGCUGGGUGCAACACGAAGACGGUGCGGAAAGCGUGGAAGGAUUCUGGUUUGACUGAGAAGUGGAAGGCGACGAGACUCUACCAGAAGAUUGAGAAUUCGAAAAAGAAAGCUGCAAUGGGAGACUUGGAUCGAUUCAAGUUGUACGUGGCCAAGCAGCGCAGGAAUCGUCUGGUCAAGAGGACAUACUAUCCGCUGCUCAAGAAGAACCGCAAACUGGCGCUGGAAAAGAAGAAGAAGAAGCGAACUCACGCCAAGGGCACCUAUUAUAAGAACAUUAAAGCCUGAUGAGGUUCUUGGAACGAGUUGGGAAUGAAUAUAUUCCUUGUGUUGAGCCGCGUA